CGAAUUAUUAUUACGGGAGACCGGUAAGCUGUGAUUGUGGCGAGCAAAAAUCUUUGCUCUCGCUAUCCGGUAUCUCGUCCUGCGGCUAUACGUGUUCCAGAGUCAAACAGACAGAAGUCCAGACCGCACGUUCGCCCUCGCCAUGUCCAGGCAACUGCAGCCUGGCCGGGCUGGUGCAAUCUUGCUCGCGAUCGUGGCGGGUGCGCUCAGUGUGGGUUCCACGCCACUCGACGACUAUGUCAAUGCUGCCGAUUCGAAUUACAAGUACGAAGAGGUAGCGCCACCGUUCAAAGGAGAAGGCUACACCACUCAUUACCUCAACAUGACCUCACAGAGAUGGCUAUCGGAUGAACUGGUUUCACCAUCAAUCUGGUGGCAUUGGCUGGCCGUCACCAUUCCGGACAACUUGACUGACCCGGAGCACGCUUUUCUUUACAUCACUGGUGGCAGCAAUCAUGAUCUUAGUCCCCCCGAUCCAACGUCGUCGGACAUCUUCUUCAGCAGCACCAUAGCUCUGACUACUGGCUGCAUUUCGGCAAGCUUGUUCCAGAUUCCCAACCAACCGACAUUGUUCUCUGAAGACCCACUUCAGAAGCACCGCGAUGAAGAUGCCGUCAUUGCUUACACCUGGUACCAUUUUCAAAAGCACCCCGACAAGCCGGAGUAUUUGCUGCGUCUGCCAAUGACAAAGGCUGCAGUCAGAGCGAUGGAUACAGUUGCUGCAUUUGGCAAAGAGAAGCGCAAUAUGACGGUCGCGAGCAAGUUUGUUGUUGCUGGAGCAUCAAAGCGUGGCUGGGCCACCUGGACCACAGCUGCUGUUGACAAGCGGGUUGUGGGAGCUAUUCCUCUUGUGAUGGACUUGCUCAAUGCCAACAAAGUCCUGCACCAUAUGUACCGCUCUCUCGGUGGCUGGACUUUCGCCUUUGACGACUACCUGGCGCUGAACAUCACCCAAAACCUGGACACGCCAGAGACACAGCAGAUGUUCGACAUAGUUGAUCCUUACUCCUACAUCGAUCGCCUUACGAUGCCAAAGUUUCUCAUCUGCACCGGGGGCGAUGAAUUCUUUGAGCCUGAUGACACACACUACUAUUGGAAGGAUCUGAAGGGUGAGACAUACACAAGGAUAUUUGCCAAUGCAGAGCAUUCAAUGGCAGGUCAUUUCAUCAGUGUGAUGUUCGCUGCAAGGGCGUUUAUCCUUAGCAUUUUCCACAAUACACCUCGUCCCAAGAUGGAUUGGACGUUGGCUGGUGAUGAAAACAAUGCCUCCAUCACUGCCACAGUGGACACCAAGCCCCUGACUGCGGAGGUAUGGCAUGCGACAUCCCUGUCAACCGAGCGGAGAGACUUUCGUCUGCUGAUUGGCAUACCUAACCCAAGUAGUCCUCUACCCCAGCCAGUACUCUGGUCUCACUAUGACAUCAAGCCUAAUGCAAAUGGCGAGUAUGUGGCAACGAUGGAAGCACCGAAAGGCGGUCAAUGGACGGCGUUCUUUAUCCAGUUCACUUUCCCGGGACCAAAGGAGUCGGUUUUUGAGUUCUCUACGCAGGCACAGAUAGUUCCCACAACGUUCCCGUACGCGGAGUGCCAUGGGGAAAGCUGUGCAGGACAUCUUGUGUGAAGUACAGGAGCUCAAGAAGAGGCGAAGAAAAUGACCAGCAUAAUAUUAUUCUCUAAAUUUGCUUUUCAUUGUAUUCGUUUUCUUGGCAGCGCCGAGAUUGUGUAACAUGACUAAGUUCUUUUUCAUUCACUUUCACAUCUUAUACCUUGUCCAUAUGCAUAUUGAAACAGUACAGAACCAAGUUAUCUGGGUGCCCAAUUCAGUUGCAAGCUGGAGGUUUUCGCUAAGCUACAAUGGCCUAUAGUUUGCUGUGGCAGAAACCUUUUACGAUGGCAACUUACCCCAAAUUGAUAAAUGAUCUACGACAAAGUAAGAGUCUAGACUGCUUGUUCGUUCUCCACUACUGCGCUUCCCGCUUGGCCGCUGGAUUGUAUAAAUUAACUGCAGGAGCGCUGCACUAACACA